GAAUGGAAAAUCUAUAGUAGUGUCCAUGAUAUGCCAACAGAACUUCCUACUACACCUUUGGAAGAGCGUAUACCGUCGUUCCCACCUGGAAUAUGGGAUGCUCUGCAAAGACCGGCAGCAGCUGGACCUGCUACUCGAACGCUUGCCUCGUUUCCCAACGGAGUCUUAGAUGUUUAUGAGUCAGAUGCUUCAGACGAAGGGACAUCACUGAAUAAAUUCGACCUUGUCUGUCCUCAAGAUGGAUGUGGCAGCAUCAUCCUUAAGAGUGGUGUAGGGAAAUGGGUAGAGCGUUCGAGUGUCGAACUAGAUCCCCCGAACCAACCUGUUCAUCCUAGGCUUCCAGCUCUUCCGGCCCCUCCUGCUACAGCACAUUGGUGGCUGAUCACUCCUUCUCCGAUGGCAUUCGAGAAUAUUGGUUUUACACAACCGGUGCAAUCCGCAAAUGCUGGAGCCAAGAAGCUUAAGCUCCUCAUCUGCGCAGAAUGUGACCUUGGAGCCUUAGGGUGGAGUGAAGAAGGAGGAACUGAAUUCUGGUUAGCUUGCUCAAGAGUAAAUUACCGAGCUUAAAUGCGAAGUUCAACUUCAUACAUGUGUAGUAUUCUUAUAGGGGAAGCAGAGAGAUUUCGGUAUAAUCAUGUACACAGAAUACAUCCAGCAUGCAUACAGUUCUGUGGUUUGGGUAAUCCAAGAUAUUGUUCCGGAAGAGCAGU